AUGAAUCAACUCAUUUUCUUGAAUGAAAAUGAUCUUCUUUUUGAUGGUGCCAUCGGUACUGACAGGAAGCAAGGAUUAUACAAAGCUAACUUUAACGCAAAUGCAAUUAAAUCAAUCAAGGAAGUAGACACCCUUUCAUCAAUUCUUACAAAAAAUUUAUUCAUUGGAGCAAACAGUGAAGGAUUGUUAAGUGUCGACAAAAGUUACAAUGUUAAAGAAAAUUUUGAAAGGAAAGGAGACAAAGUAUAUUUCCCUCUUACAUUUUCCAAAGAUUAUGAAGGAGAUGUCAACGUCCUUUACCAAAAUGGAGAGGUCUUAUCUAUUGGAAAAUUGGAUCCAUUAGCAUUGAAUAUUACUUGGGUAAAAAACCUUACUUAUCAAUCCGAUUCAAUGGUUCAAGGAACAUCCCUUACGUUUUAUUUUGAUGGCCUCAAAACUAUUGUCACCUCAGAUGAUGGAAAGUACUCAAAUUUAUUCGAUGGCAAACCAUCUUACCAAACUACUGUUAUGGGAAAAAAUAUUAUUGGAAACAAAAAGUCUCUCUACAUACAUUUGAAUGACAAGCUCCAAAAAAUCAAUGACGCAGUAAUGAGCUUGUUUAUUAAUGAUGGAUUAGGAUUUUAUAUCAAGGAUGGAAAUAUUAUCUCAUUUGCAGUUGUUAGAGAUACUUUUAAUGAAGUUGAUACUAUCUACACUGGAGGAGAUGCUCAAAAUAUUUUAACUUUCAAUAAUGGUAAUUUGGUAUUCAAAACUUGUACAACUCUCGGCGGUAUCUGUUCUGUCAAAAGAAUGGAUGGAAAAGAAAAAGUUUUUACCCUAAUUGAGGACACUGAUAAUGACGAUAAAGGCAAUUGGGAUUAUAUGCUCUUACCAUUGAAGUAUAAAGAUUUUGAGUUUGCAAUUUUGGUACAUGCCGACAGCAGUAAUCCCAUGUUACUGAAAUUUGCACUCAAGCCUCCUGUCAGUUGCCAUGGUUUUAAAAACACAGACUCUGAUGUGUGUAGUGGUAAUGGAGAGUGUGUUGCAGAGAAUAUUUGCAAAUGUAAAGGUAAUUUUGAUGGAGAAAAAUGUGAGAAAUGCACUGCCAAAUUUGAAGGAAAGUAUUGCAGUGACCUAAAGAGUAAGUGGCUAAAAUUAAUUUCACCAAUUUAUCAUAAUCACGGAAUAGUUCACAAAUGUUAUGGAUUACCAGCUAAUUCAUCAAGUGUUUGUGGAGGUGUAAAGAGGGGAGAAUGUUUGUCAGAAAAUACUUGUAAAUGUAAGGCUGAAUAUUUUGGAAAUGAAUGCGAACAUACAUAUUGCUUUGGAGUUCCUUCAAUUUCAACAACUGGCAAGGUUUGUGGAGGUAAAGGUGCAUGCGUAGAUUACAAUGAAAAAAAAAUGAUUCCUCAAACACCUGCUGACUCAAAGAUUAACCACGUCAAUGUUGUUAAAGAAGAGAGAAUCAAGAGACAAUUUCUUGAUAAAAUUGUCAAGGAUUUUGGAACUUCUUCAAAGCAGAAUCAGUCUAACAAGUUUGUGAAAGAAGCCUUUGACAAUUAUGAAAAGAUUUAUGAAAAGAUUGAAAAAGGACCUGAAAUUUCAAUAGGUUUAUUAUCAGAACCUGGAUUUGGUAAAACAAGCACAUUGAAUAUGAUACUAUCUGGAAAAGAUGAUUAUCCAAUGAAGGCAUCUUCUAAAUUUGGUUCAGGUGAAACUUUGUUUUGUACUGAGAUUAAAUAUUCUGAUAAAUUACGUCUAUUAAAGGUUUAUUGCUCACCUAAGAAGUACGUAGAUAGAAUUAUUCGUCUCUCAAAGAAGAAUGAAGAUAAUACGAUAAUUGCUGAUUUACUCUCUAGUGAUCGUAAUGAAGAUCAAUUGCUUGAUGAUUAUCAAGAUGUUGCUGCUGAUGAGAGUCCAUCAUUGGGUUCUAAUGAAGAAAGUUCAGAUGAUGAUGAUUACAAUGAUGAACAAGAAGAAUGUAUUCUACCUAGAAAAGCAGAAUCCAAUCCAGUUUCUAAUUGUGGUCUCGAUCAAAGUGAACUCAAGACAUGUUAUGCUGAACUUUUAAAAUUUGAACAAGAAGGAGAUUUACAAAUUGAAUUUCAAGUUUCAGAUGACAAAGCUGUAAUGUCAGUCUUUGAGAAGGAAAGACUUCAAUCAAAGGAAAGACUCUUGAUGGUUGACAAAUUUGUUCUCUGUUAUAAUAGUGAAAUCUUGAAAAGUAGAUAUGGUAAAGUGGCAAUAUGGGACAUUCCUGGUUAUGGUGAACAGAAUAAUAGUGAAAUUCUUUCCAUGUUAAUUGAAGAGGUUAUUUCUAAUUGUAAUGUCAUUCUUAAGGGUUUAGAAAGUGUAAGACAAAUUGUUGGUGUUGAUUGUGUCCCUGAUUUAUGGACCUACAAGGGAUUGAGAUAUGCUUUACAAAUUGCAACUCUUUACAAAUCUCAAUUUCCAAUCAAGGCAGCAGUAGAUGCAAGAGCAGCAAUUAAAACCAUUCUCAAGGAAACUUACUUUGAAUUAUCAACAUGUGUCAAGACAUUGAUGAAAAGUAUUAAAAGAACUGAAAAGAAAUGUAGAAAUAUUGAACAGAGACAGAGUGAAGAACCCAUUGAAACAUUUUCACCUCACGAAACCUUAGAUUGUAAUAUUCAAAGUCAAUUAAUUGAAUAUGAUAAUUGGAUUGAGUUUACAACUUAUUUCUAUGAAAGAAACAGAAAAAUUAGAUAUAGAAUUGACAUGUACAAGAAUCAAAUGUUUGAAUUUAUUGAAAAGAAGAUUGAUUCAUUAAUGGCAAAACAAAAGAAGGAUUUAGCAACUAAGGAAGAAGAAAUGAAUACUUUUAAGGGAGAAUUAGUUGAAAUUGUUGAUGAUAUUUUCCACUCUAUGAAUUUUGUUUCACCAAAUGAACGCAUUGAAGAUUAUGGAAGUUUUGAUAUAUUUUACUCAAUUUUGAAUUCAAUGAAAGAGUAUUUGAGUAAUUGUGCAGAUGAACUCUUACAUAUUAGAGGUCAAUUAGAAUCUGAAGAAUAUCUCAAAUUAGCAAUUGAGAAAUUCAAGUUAAUUGAUGAUAUGAGAGUGCUUUUGAAAAAGGAAAAAACUAAACCUCUUAAAGCCGAACAUUUAGGUCUUUCAAAUCGUUAUCCAUCACCUGCAUGUAAAUCAGGAAAGGGUUGUAUGAUUAUUCCUGAUAAGGAAUAUAACACCAUUAGAGAGCUUAAAAGAGCAAAAGUUCUUUCACCCAGUGAAAAAUUUGGUAAUGUUCAAAAAUUACCAAAAAGUAGCAUUAGUUUGACAAGAGUUGAAAAGGAAAGUAUUGAUGCAGGUUUAUCUGAAGAACAAAAGAAAUUAUAUCAAAAAGGUCAACUGGUCCUCAUGGAAAUUGAUAGAAAUGAAAAACAAGUUCUUGUUUCCUAUGAAAAGGAAUUGAAGGAAACUAAACUGGCAAAAUUUAAAUCCUUGCUCUCCACUGAUGCCUUAAUUGGAACUAUGGGUGGUAAUAAGAGUCAUAGUCGACAACGAAUUGCUCCAAUUUUCAUUACAACUCUUCCAGAAUAUUUUGAAGAAACAUCUCCAAACUUUUUAGAGAGACAUGUUCAUGAUUGUUGUAUUAAACAUUCCAAAAAUGGAAGUCAAGAUUAUUUAAUUUUCAUCAUGGUUGAAAAUGCAUUUUUGGAAAAGGCUCGUUCAUUCCUAAAUGAAGCCAUGAAUGAGGUAGAAAAGGCACCUAACUAUGUAUUUGUCAGUAUUGAUACUGAAAUAUUUAUCAAUAUUGGAAAGAAGAAGAAACUUUGUAUGUUAUUGGCAGAACAUUUCGAAUUGGAAAUUUAUCAUGUCAUGGAAGAUAAUUUCAUUCAUGCUGAAGAGUAUAAGAAACCUAUUUUUGUUCGACACAAUAACGCAUUGGCAAGAUAUCUCAUAUUUGCAGAGGCCAUCAUUUACUUUGAAUUACAUUCAAGUUAUGAUUAUCAACAAAAAGAAGAAGUAAUUAAGGAAUUUCUAACCUAUGUCACGGAAGAAAAUCCAUUGAUAAGAUCACAUUAUACUUGUGGUAAAAUAGGUGAUAGUGAUCGAUUGAGAAUGUUUAAAACCUUUGAAGAAUUCAGAAAAAAGUGCAUUGAAGAUCCAAGAGAAUUGUGGACUAUUCUUGAGGAGACCAAGGCACAUCUAACAAAGGAAGGUAAACAAAUUCUUUCAAAGUAUAAGAAGCUAUAUAAUGAAAAGUUUGAUAAGAGAAAUCAUGUAGGUCAUGUCUCAUUGUGGAAUGUUAGAACUGCUCAAUCAAAAUUCCUUAGUAAUGAAGUUGACAAAUUACAAAAAACAACUCAUUUUGUUUCAUCUGCAAGAGGUAAUAUCAGUACAUUCUAUGGUCCUAAUAUGAUUGGAAUUCAUCCAGUCUCAGAUAUGGUUCUAUUCGAUGGUAUUUCAUCAAAGGAUGUUGUUAAGAAAGAUCAUGAAUCAUUCAAGGAAGGAAACAAUUCCUCAGAUGAAUACUUUAUCAGACAAAUGUUAUUAUAUGGUAUUGGUGGAUUCCAAAUCUAUGCUUUCAAAUAUAGUGGAGGUUUAAGAAAGAAUGCAAAUAGACAAUUUCCACAUAAAAAAUUGACAGAUAAGAAGGUUAAAUCUCCUACUCAAAAAUCACCACAAGUUAAGGGAAAUAAGAAACAACAAGCAUCAAGUUCUUCAUCCUCAUCACCUAUUGUAAAGUUAGAGUUGAAUAAGUUACCAGUGAAAAAAGAAAAGAAGGUAAAAGAAAUUAUUGAAAACACCCCUACAUCAAAUCCUACAUCAAAUAGAAAGAAAGCAACAAGUUCAUCAAUUUCUAAUAUUGAAAAGAAUGUUCAAUCUGUUAAAAGUGGACAAGCAAGUUCAAGCUCUUCAACAGCUCCAAAACAUACCAAUCAAAACAGGGCUGCAAGUUCUUCAUCAUCUCCAUCGACUAAUACUGCCAACAGAAAGAGAAAGGAAUCUGAUAAGAGUAUUGAUCCACCAAAAAAGUUAACAAAGAGAUAA